AUGAAGCGCAAACUCUCUGACAUGAUGCCCUGGAAGCGCUGCGGUCCCAGUGGAAGCGAGCAGCCGUCGGACCUGAGUGUAGUGUGCAAAACAAUCGAAAACUGGCCGCAUAACAAGGGCGAAAGCGGCCUCUUCUACGCCGGCUUCCGCUACAUCGGGCUGUACAACAAGGCCAUCGGCGCCUGCUUCCUGGGCGGCCUCGAAUCCGACGACUGGACUAAGGUGCACAGCUUGCAGCGUAGUUGGUUCACCUGCUUCACAUUGUUUUGCCUCUUCGGAAGCAUGGCCGUCGGUUUCGCGGCAGUGGUCGAGUACGAAAGCUGCAGACGCCAGCUGAGCGACGCGGACCGCUUCCAUGCCAUGGCGUACGCUUGCUACGUGAGCUGCGUGGUGCUCGAGAGCAUUGUCAACUACACCGUGGCGCUGGUGCGUGCUCCAAGGCUUCGGGGCCUGAUCGUCAAGUGUUCCGAGAUCGAGAGGCACCUGCGGACACCGCCCGGUUCCAAGCGCCGCACGAAGCUGUACGCCGUUGGUGUGAUGACCUUUUACGCUAUGCUGGUCGGCAUGUGCAUGUUGCUGGCGGUGGCCACCGACUGCGGCGCGUCGAUGCUGCAGGACAAGGCUUCGCCGUUGAUGAAGAUCUACUCGCGGGGCCUUGGAUCCUGGUACAUCCUGGUCAUCGUGCCGCAGUGCCUGGGACCCCGACUGUGCAUGUCGUAUUCGUUCGCCGUGUUCCGCUUCCACCUGCAGUGCAUCGGACGGGAGAUCAAGGAGUGCCUGAGCUCCACCACCAUGUCAUCUGAACAGAAGGCCGUGCUGACGGAGCAGUGUCGCGCCCAGCUCCACAGCCUGAGGGAGUGCCUGCACGAGACCGGCGUCAUCCUGGGGCCUGGCCUGCUAUUCACCUACGGCUAUACGGCAGCACUGUUUUGUGCCGCCAUCAUCUACUGCCUGAUGCCGAACGUGACGCUUGCCAACGAGAUAUUCUUCCUGGGCAGUGGGGGCAUGCACUUCGCCAGUCUGCUGCUGCCAACCGCACUGGCCCACUGCUUCGCCGACGAUGUUUGGAGACUGCAGACUCAGGUUUCGUGCACUCCACUCGGGAACGAGCCACCAAAGCUUGUGCAAAAAGUCUGUCUACUAGUCAACACUUUGCAGCGAGAGGAUUACUUGUUCAGCAUCAACGAUUACUUCAACGUGAACCUGCAGACGUUCACGAGUAUAAUCGGCGCAGCGCUGAUGUACACGGUGUUUCUGGUGCAGACAAGCAGGCCACCUGUGGAAGGUGGUGGGCAACACUGACACCCCCAGAUCAUGAUGUCAAAGAUGCGAAACACACACAACUACAGUUGACAUCUACGCAAUGCGAAG